GUCGCGGUAGCGCGUGGUGAGCGCCGCGCCCUGUGUGCGGAGAGCGCCCCCUGUGCGCGGGGCGGUGCUGCGGGUGCCGCCAUGGCGGCGGUGCCUCAGAACAACCUGCGGGAGCAGCUCCGCCUUCACUCGGCCCGCGGGGCCCUGCGCCAGCCCGCACCGCCCCGCGCACACCGCCACGCCGGUUUCACCUUCAAGAAGCCGGGUGCUGCCGCAGCCCCGCACGGGGAGCCCCGCGGCCCCGGCUCCGCGCUGCGGGACAAAGAUGUCAACACGUCCCUGCCCGCACUGCCCUCCUCCCUCCCCGCCUCCCGGCACAGCAAAACCCAAAUCCAGGAGUUCUUCCCGGCGGUGUCCGGGGGACGCAGCCUCGAGCCGGGCCCCGCCGGGACCCCGCAGACCCCGCACGGCCCCGCGGCCUCGGGAAAGCGGAGCGGGACCGGGGGGCUGCCCCGCACCGGCCCCAUCACCAUCGGGGACGAGUGGGACGACAUCGACGACUUCGACUUGUCGGGAACGGAGAAGAAGUACGGGAGGGCUCCGGCCCUGCCCAGCCCCGAGCAGCCGCCCCGCAGCCAUCCCGGGCGUGCGGGGGCUGAGCCGCGGCCCCGAGCCUGCCCCCCGCACUCGGGGGAGAGUUCGUCUGCGGAUGUGGCUGGGGAGGAGGACACGGAGGGGGCUCACACAGCUGCUGCUGCUCAAGGUGGUGAGAGCCAGAAGCCAGGCAGUGACCAGACAAAGAGCCCCCCAGGGCAGGAUGAGCCUGACUUUGAGCCCUUCCCCCUCAUCGACCUGGAAGAGGAGGAUUACUUAGAUGUUAUCCCACCCUCCCCUGAAGAGGAGCUGCCCUCCAUCUCUCCAUCUCUGAAAAGCAUCAGGUAA